AUGAUCCAGGCACUUCUUCAGCGCCUGGCCCGCUGGCUCGACAGGCCGUUCUUUCCAUGGAAACAGCUCAUCGUUGGCUUCAACCUGGCCGAAUUUGGCCUCGAAAACUGGCUCCUCUACCGUCAAUAUCGCGUGCUGCAACGCACAUCAAUUCCCAAGGCUCUCGACAAGGAAAUCGAACGUGAGACGUUUGACAAAUCUCAGGAAUACGGUCGCGCAAAGGCAAAAUUCAGUUUCAUGUCGGGUCUCUUCAACCAGAUCAAAUCCAUUGCCACGCUCUACUUCAACCUCUACCCGUUGGUCUGGGCCGCGGCCGGCUCCGUCGUCGCUCGCUAUGCGCCGGUGCGCUUCUCUGGCGAAAUCACACAGUCGCUCUUGUUCAUGUAUAUGCUAGGAUGGAUUGACCUGGUGGCCGGCCUUGGCUUCUCGUACUACCACAGCUUCGUGCUCGAGGAGAAGUUUGGGUUCAACAAGAUGACGGUCAAGCUCUGGAUCACGGACAUGAUCAAGGGCCAGGCUCUCGCAAUUGCAUUUGGCGUUCCCAUUGGCAGUGCCUUCCUGGCGAUUAUCAAGAAGACAGGCCAAGGCUUCUUCUACUACCUCUGGAUCUUCAUGUUGCUUGUUCAGAUCACAGGCAUGACGAUUUACCCCAUCCUCAUCGUGCCGCUGUUCAACAAGCUAGAACCGCUCAAGCCGGGCAAGCUCAAGGAGUCGGUCGAGGCUCUCGCAUCCAAGCUCAACUUCCCUCUUGCCGAGUUACAAGUGAUUGACGGUAGCAAGCGCAGCGCACACAGCAACGCCUAUUUCACCGGACUCCCUUGGAUUGGCAAGAAGAAGAUUGUUAUCUAUGACACACUGUUGGAGAAGAGCACGGAGAAGGAAGUCGAGGCUGUCCUGGCACACGAGCUUGGACACUGGAAGAUGAACCACACAUCGCGACUACUGCUGAUUAGCCAGGCGCAUUUGUUCUACGUCUUCGCCCUGUUCUCCGUCUUCAUCAACAACAAGUCGCUCUAUGCCGACUUUGGUUUCAACCGAGAGCAGCCAACCAUUGUUGGUUUCAUGCUAUUCAACGAGAUCCUGUCCCCUACAGACUCGAUAGUCAAACUUGUGCUCAACAUUUGGACUCGCAGCAUGGAGUACGAAGCGGAUGCGUUUGCUGUGAAGCUUGGUUAUGCGCGCGAACUGGGAUCUUCAUUGAUCAAGCUCCAAAUCCAGAACCUAUCCAGCAUGGAUGCUGACUGGUUCUACUCGAGCUUCCACCACUCGCACCCUAUUCUGACUGAGCGAUUAAAGGCGAUGAAGUGGACGGGGGAUAAGAAGGUGGUUGAGGACAAGGCGGCAGACGAGGACAAGGCGGUAAAGGCAACGAACCGAGAACUAUAGACGUGCAUGUGGUGGUCAUGUGUAGAUGUGCGUAGAUGUAUUGGACAAGGUUUGGGCGAGGCUGGGAAGCGUGAGGCUCCCAAGGCCACUGUCAUUUUGUGUAUUUGAUGGCAUUCCUAUAUACUCGUUUCUCACAAUGAAGGAGGGGCUAGUUUAAGCCGCAUGGUGCAGCUUUGGAG